UGGCUGGGAAAAACAUGCCUGCACUAGCAGCUGUAAGUUGGGGUUGGUGGUGGGGCUUCUUCGGUCUAGCUCUGCUCGUCCUUGCCACCCCGAGUCCCGCCGCCAUGCGCAAAGCGGAACGCGACCACUGCAACAAGUCCGUCGACAUUUACGAGGACGUUUCGAGUCCCUCGGUCAGCCCAGAGACGUGGGGCAAACCCUUGACAUGCUGGUACCGAUUUCGAGCCUUUCGUGGCACUCCACGAGAUUGGAUACUUCGUGUCAGAUUCAAGAAAUUCAAAGUCGGCGUACUCGUGAACGCCACAACCUGCGCUGGAGGAUAUCUCCAGAUUAUCGAUGGAAACACAAAGACGGAAGUGAACAAUCGGAAGGAUCCCGGGGUAUUUUGCGGGGAAUCGGAACAGCCUCAAACUUUCAUAUCGGAGACGAGCUUCGUUCGCGUCCUAUUUCACGCUGACAACUUCACCGAUCAGACCUACUUUAGCUUCGAUUCAAGAGCGGAACAACAGUUCGAUAUAUAUUUACGGUACGGACAACAUCCGGAGUUAUAUCCGAAUAGACGAGGGGAAAUAGUUCCCGGGAGCUACUGCGAACGAGUAUUCAACGACUGCAAACUACAGACGUGCUACGUGCAGAGCCCCGCUUAUCCGGGAAUAUAUCCGCGAGCUCUUCACUGCAAAUAUCGACUUAACACGAGACAGCCGUUCAUUAAGCUCUACAUUGAAAACGAGGAGUUCAACAUUGACGGGCAACGCUGUGAGAAUAUCAUGACGUGCCCUAUGAGGCCGAUAAUUUCGGGCUCGGAGCACUGUCCGUACGAUUACAUAAGACUGUACGACGGCAAGGACGAGACUGCUCCGGUAAUCGGGACGUUUUGCGGCAUGGGUAAAUUUCCUUACAGCAUUAUCGGGACGAGCGAAAAUCUUUACGUUGAAUUCGUCUCCUCGCCCGCCGGGCCUCUCCUCAAUACGGGUUUUCACUUCAACGUUGGAAAUUGGCCUGGACAGAUGAAGACGGCUGGGGUGAAGAACGGCACGUGCGAUUGGCUGCUGAACAGCGAGGCACUCGCCACUGGCAGCGAGGGCAUAUUUCUCUCCGUUUCUCACUGGUAUCCACCGCACACGAGCUGCACUUAUCGCCUCGAAGGUAGACCCGGUGAAAUAACGAGAUUGUACUUUCCGAGUUUUCGUGUGAACAGGAUCGAGUCCCCGAUCGUACCGUACGACGGCGACUGCGGCGAGAGCUUGACUCUGUACGACGCGAACUGGCCGGACGACGCUAGAAUAAUAAAAACAUUUUGUGAUACAUUUAGUAAACCCAUGGAGAAACACGAUUUUGUUUCUACUUCAAACUCACUCUUUGUUCGAUUCGAAAGCAAGACGGGAAGCUAUUCCGGCAGCUCGUUGUACUACUGGGCCCAUUACGACUUCUUCAACGCAACGAGGUUCGGGGAACCCGUGCCAAACACCGAGUGCGACGAGACUUUUGCCGCCUGGAAAGCCAAGUCCGGACGCCUGCGCUCGCCCCUCAAUACUUUGGUCUACAAACGACCCGGCGAUCCACCCACCGACUUGUCCUGCACCUACAGCUUCGUCACUGACAAACGUCUCUAUGCCAGAGUCAUACUGACCGUCGAAUCGGUCUCGUUCAAGGACAACAAUCCCUACGCCCAAUGCGGACACUGCUGGGAAAGUCGGGCCGACAGAAUAAUCAUAAGGGAACCGGGUCAUGACUCGGAGAAGGGUCAUUGCUUGUGCAAACUCUCGGCAUCCCAGCCCUCUCUCAGGAUCGUUUCGAGAGGCGAAAAACUCGAUCUCAAGCUUCUCGUGGACGGUGCUCACGCCGCAGCGAGUUACUUUAAACAACCGUCUCCAUUGUUCGAAGCGAGAUACGAUUUCGUGCACAGUCCUCUUUGUGGCCCGGCUUUGUUGGCUCCAAACACCGACGGCGAAAUAGAAUUUCCGCACUACGAGGCUCUCGGCUACGUCACACCACCACGUUCCAUUAAGUGCAUCUGGGAGCUCAGAGUAAACCCGGAAAAAGAUCUUUGGUUGCACUUUGACAAGAUCAAAUUUGCCUCGAGAUCCUGCGAGGAUGGUAAACUCGAGAUAUUUUUGGCUGGUUCGUUGGAGCCCCAUCUCGGCAUAUGCGGUGAAAACGUCAGCUUUGUUCGGGAAAUGCCGAUAUUCGAAGCAGCUAAACUCGGUUCUCCUAAUCCCGUUGAUGGCGAACCACCACCGGUUGUUAUACAAUUCACAGGAUCGAUGGCUCCGGCGAGAGUAGCUUUCAAAAUAGCUUGGACCGAAUUGUACCACCUUCCAAGGGAUGGCUCGGGCGCUCUCAAGACCCAAAAACUCGAAGAUUGUGGUUUCCACUGUCCUGGCGAUACCGGAUGUAUACCAAUCCGCUUACUCUGUAACGGCGUCGUCAAUUGUCCAACGCCGACUUUCGCCACUGGUACUUUCAACAUGAGCCUCCUCGAGCCCGACGACGAGGCGGUUGAGACCUGCGGUGGGCCGAUCGGCAGCAGUACCGGCAGCGCGGUUGGUCCAGCUGGAUGGGCGGGCGCUGGUCUCGGCGCUGGAUUAGCCGUCAUACUGGGUCUCGCCUGCCUCAUCGCGGCCUGUCGUAUCUGCCGAAGAAGAAGUCGAUCUCGUGACAUUCAUGUACCUUACUGAUUCAACGAUUUAUCAUCCAGCGAAAUUCGCUUUCACUGAUGAAUACGCAUCGCGCCUAAAGUGAACAAGUGUUUCCCUCGGAGUGACGAAACUCGAGUAACUGUUGACUGUUAAACGCGGAUUACGAGCUAAAGUUUCGAGUGAAACUGCACAAACUGUUACGAGCAUUCUCGGAUCUGUUCGCACUACGAUUAACCAAGUUUCUACACAAACGAUCCUUCCAUUUGUUUGAAAUUCAACGUUGAUACUGUCGUUUACUCGCACCUCGGAUGUUCAAGAUUUCGUACGAAUCUCCAAAAAUGACUUUGUUUUGAAGAAUCCGUUUGCCAAAUUUAUGACGAUCAAAGAAAAACUGUUUCCCAGGGCCAACGCGGCCGAAUUAAUCGACCUCGUCUCUAAUCAACUUGUUUCUAUCGAUACCGUGGAAACUCUCGAUUAUCCUUUCAUCUCUCUAAUUCAGUUUGCUCGCUGUUGCCACGGAGAAACAUCCGGCGGUUCGAGGGGAACGUUGACCUCUCAGACAGUGAGAAAGCUUUUCGUGCCCGGGACACGUUCCUUAUUCUCGUUUCUUCAGGGAAUUCUGGAUGCUGAAAAAUAAAUAAGAUUAGAUGAGAGAGAGAGAGAGAGAGAGUGUGUCAAAGAUGGAUAGUGGGACAAAGAGAGAUGAAUGAUACGCGAGUACUCAAUCGAUUAAGCCCCGUUAGCUCCAAACUUUACUACCCUAAGUUAUACAUCGAGCCGACGCAUUUCAUCGAUAAGCACACAGUCUAAGAAGAGUACCCUCGUGAUUAACCUCUCUUACACACACUUAUAUUGUUCUCGAAGAGAGAGAGUGAGAGAGAGAGAGUGAGACAGGACGAGGAGAAGAUCGAUGGAUGACCCGAACUGGUCUCGCUAUCUCAGCCCCUAAAUCUUGAUGAGACACGUCGUUUCUCCAUAGCCUGCGAGCUGUGGUUAGCAAUGGGGGAGGGGGCAGGUGGGGAGGAUCGUUUGCACGAUAAUGGAGCGUGAUUCUGGUUCACCGGGCGACUAACUACGAUAUACCUACGAUAGUGUACUCGUGUACAGGAGUCUUCUGUUGUACAUGAUAUUCCGCGUGGUAUAAGUCAGGCAUUGAAACGCUCUGGAGGUAGAUCGUUUUCCUGAAUUGCUCGAGCUGUUCAACGAGCCCCGAGCUAAUCUCGAUAAGCUUUUACCACAAAGAUACUUCCUUCAGAGGAAAAUCAUUUUUUUAUGUUCUACAUUCCGUCUUCGCGUGGUCGAGAAUCUAUCCUGAUUCAGUGGUACACGAUCGCAUCGAACUUAUUGAACUAUCGAUCGAUAUGGGCGGAACAGAAAUGCAAAAAGAUUCCAACGUUAGAUGGCCCCAUUCCGAGAACGUGGGUUCGAUGACAUUCUGGCUACGGAUAGUCUCUUCAAGCCCAAUGAACCACCCGACUAAGUGCAUCAUACACGAGACCAAUUACGCCUGCUCACAUAGCCCAUCAACUUCUCGAGCCUGUUCUCGAUACAAUCAAACUUUCAGCCAAUGGAACGACGUAGCAGAACGUUUUCGAACGUUCUCAUACAACCACAUAACUGCGGGUGUUAUGAAGUUUCUAUUACGUUAGAACAUCCGAUACCGACGUGAUCUGAGGAGUAAAUGGAGAGGUUACGCAGUGGCUUCCACCGCGAGCACAUGACUCACUCAGAUUGUAUACUAUCCUGUUGCGUUACACAUGUACAGUGAUAACCGUAGGAAGCCUAACGAGGUAUCAUCGAGAAGCGGAAUCUCUGCAAAUGAGCUUCAUCGACACAAAGAUAUCACAUUGCCGUUUGUUUGAGAGAAUCCGAAUCAAUACUCGUGCACAAACUUUCCUGUCUCUGAACAAGGAGCAAAGGCAGUUGACCAUCAACAUUGUACGUCAUCGUUCACUUGCUCAACGUCGAAUCUUCCAUCUGCAAUGAAAAGACGAAUUAUAUUAUGAAUGUGUGAUGGGGAAAAAUUCUGUGAUGUAAGAAAAUCGACUUACGAACGGUUUAACGAAACUCCCGUGCAUCCAGGACCCUCCGUUUUUAUUGAUACUGCAGUUAGAUCGAAAACAUUGACCCGAAAGGUUCCGAUGGAAACUUAACUUCGACGACGUUCCAUAUCACUUCAGUGAAAUGUUGCUGUCCAUCCUCGGGGCAAAUUUUUCUGAUUGGAUACCCAUCGUAAACUCAGAAAUAGGACAAUCCUCGUACAACAAUGUUACGACCUGAUGAAGAUCGACGAAAUAAAAGAACUGUAAAUAUUUAUCCACCGACUAGAAAUACUUGUGGGUGAGUAUCGACGUAGGAAGGAAAAACUCAAUAACAGAAGCGAUAUUGUGUUUUUUUCCCAUUAGCUGUAAGAAUAAAAUUAAAGAUUGUUCGAUUAAAAAUAUAAACGACGGAGUUUCGAUCGCAUCGAUCAUGUUCCAUGCGCAAUGAAGGAUUACGAAAAAAAAACGUCUCAAGCUUCGAUACGACGUCGCACUUGUACAUAUGCCAUAUUUACGUAGCUGCGUGGGGCCGAAUAAUUUAUUUCAUUUAAUAGUUGAAUAAUCAGCAAUUAAAUUCCCAUGAAGCUCUGUAUUCACGCUCACUCUCUUCGGGGUUUGGUGUACGCAAACUCAUCGAGUAUACAUCACGAUUUUGCUAACUUUGUUACAGAACAACGAGCGUUGUUUUGACAUUGAAUAUCAAUUAGAGAAAUCCCCGAAUACGAUAGUGUGGCAAACAACGAACGUUUAUAGAAUACGCUAUUUUCUAAGCGCAAGUACCUUCAGUUAAGUUUGUCUUUUUCUAUAGCUAUCUAUCGCGAAUCGUCCUACAGAGUGGGACCAUCGCCACUGUUCGCUCUUUUAUCAGAUGCACCAAAGAUUCCGUAGUCAUUAUUCUCUGUAGACAUUGCACUACAUUCCUUCUGGAGCUCUUCGACAUUACGAACUUAAGUACGAAAAAUGUUGUUAGACCGAGCGAGCAUCGUUUGGACCCGGCUGAACGCUCUUCAGCAAAUUUUUCGCUCAUUUUUUUUUCAAUUAUUCCAAAUCAUUUGUAACGACAACUCUAUUAAUGACUCGAACGACAAGUGUCUCAACUGUUGAUGGACUAACCGGCAUACCGCGUACGAAGGUUUACACUAGUGUGUGCUACGGUACGCCACGAAUAUAGCUGCCCGCACGGUUGAUCGUCGAUCGUCUUUACAGAUAAAACGCAUUAUUGUAAUUAUUGUAAUGAUUCGAUAUGAUUAUAUUUUUUACUAAUAAAGGUUUGCCUCGAUGGUGAGGUGAAAAAAAGCA